AUGCGUCCGACGUUGCUCGACGCGAUUGACCUCAAGCCCGGCGAGGCGUAUGCCGUCGACUGGGUCCGCGACGAGGACGUGCACGCGUGCGCGCUGUGCGCAACCGCAUUUGGCUUCUUUGUGCGCCGCCACCACUGCCGCGGUUGUGGUCACAUCGUCUGCGCAGAGUGCGCCGUGGCCCGACGGGAGGUCUACGGGCUUCUUGGGCUUGAGCGCGUGUGUGACGCAUGUUUGUCCAACGGCGUCUGGGUCGACCCUGUGGCCCGUCGGGCUCUCGAGAAGCUGGAGCAGGACGAGGACGGUAGCCAAGACGACGAGGCCUACAGCAGCGACGAGAGCGCUGACAGUGCGUCCAGCUGUGCGGACGAGAAAUGGCGUGAGGCCGUGGACGAGGAUGGCGUCUUCCUCCCGCUUUCGCAGUGGGAGUGUGAGGUCACACGAGUGGGAGGUGCCCGUACCGUCUGCAGUGAGAUCGCACCCAUUGAAGACAUAUCCAGCCUCGAGCCAGCGCUGCCACUGCGCAUCAAGUCGAUCGAAGCCUCCAUGCAGCCCGACGCAGAACCAAGAAUAGGUGACGCGAUCGUCGUCGACAGCGCCCGACAGCCGAACUCAGAACCCGACCGACGCCACAACGUACCCAAGCAGCAAGCGGCGGCAGCAAAUGACACUGGCCCGACUUGUCCGCCUGCGACGCGCGUCGCAGCCUCGCUUUGGUACACUGGAAAUUUCGCACUGCACCACCAUUCUGUGCUUAGAGGACGAUGAAUGAUUGUAUUCUUCUCGCGUAGGCGACGCAAGAAUCGCCUCCUCGCUGCACUCGUGCUUGGCGUCGUCUGCUGCCGCCGAGCUCGCCCACCCUGGCACGCCCGCGUCGCCGUCGUCGCAGUUUACUGGUGGAUGACGACUUCAGAAGACGAUAGCUCGAUGCCUCUCGUCGGCUAAUUGCUCGAAAAUGCAUGUGCUGGGUUUGUUCGGCGUCGGUUGCUGUUGGCGGUGGCG